AUGUGUCUUCCCAGCCGUGGAGAUGAAGAAACUACCGAGAUACUUCAUAGUCUUGGUUCCAACUUCAAUUCCAAAAAUGACGAAGUCACUCAGGCGUGCAACCUGGCGGCUGGGUCUUCCGACAUAGUGAUCAUCCUGGAACGGCCGCUCCAUGCAAGAAAACACGGGUUUAAUGUUUCCUUUGAGCAGUUUGUGCGAGGCUCUAGAACACUGUCAGCUGUGGAUGAGCUUAUUCGCUUUGCUACUCAAGGCGCUCGAAGUAUAUACAAUGUGACCGUGCUAAACGCAUUCUCUUAUCAACCCGACAAAUCUACAACCGAGCGAGACCAGGAAUGCCAUGAGGCUCUGGCAUGUAUUCUGCAACGGAAGAAACCCAAGGUCAUACUACGAUGCCAUCGAGAACAGUACAGAGAUGAGUGGUUGAGGUGUAUUGAGCUACCAGGCGAAGAAUAUCGACUUGACCGCAAGGAAAUCAACAUUACUGAGGAGUAUAUAACAAUCGUGCUGCAAUCUUUUCAUCCAUCUUGCGCGAUCAAUAAUGCUGACUAUAGACCGGAAUACCGGGCAUUAUUGAUUUAUCACUUUGUGGCCGCAUGUAUUACGCGGUAA